AUGUCCUCGAUUGCAAGUUUGUCCAAUGCCAUUGAGCCUUUCAUUGAUAUCCCAUUCAACUCAUGGCUCACUCUGAUUCUCGCUUUCGCCUAUGUGUGCGCUAUCCGAAGCCCGAGGCUCCUAUUACUCGCCGUUCUCGGAGCAAGCACGGCAAUAGCACUCUUCGACAAGACUUCAACUACUGUGCAGAUGAUUAAGGUGGUCGCUCUCCUUCCCCUUGGCCUAGGAUCUGUGCUUGCAUAUCAAACCAUGGGCCGAUCUUUCAAGAUCAGGCACCUUUCUACCUUUACGGCCUACAUCAACUUUGCCGUGUACGGGAAUAUUGUUAUGAUGCUGGGAACCCCCCCAGGCGGCACCCUUCGGGGACUGUGUAGCAAGGUGGCGUGCCUUGCCCUCUUCAUCUGGGUCGUUCAACAAGGGUAUCGAGUUGGCUUCAAGACCGUCCGUCUCCACGACAAUCUGUUCGUCUUUACAGCCGUCAGCAAGUCCUGGAUAUUUGCGCACGCGAUAUACAGAUUCAUCCUCUUGACACUACCGUGCUUCGGGUCUGGACGUCGCCAUCGACUCAUGGAAUUCUACUCUCUCGGCCUCACAUCUGCUCUGUCAUUGGCCACGGGCCUUCCGUUCGAGCAUUGUUUUGGGAUGGCCGAUACGUUGACCGCUCCAGCAGCGGCAGGAUGGUCCGCCAUUGCGACAACUUUCGACUUGAUACCGCGUGACACGAGGAAAAAUGAAGACUUAGUUGCGAAGACACUUGGGGCUGAUGGAGAUCUGUAUCUGAGCGGCGUGUUGUUGGCUGUUGCCGCGUUUGCUUGCUAUAAAAUCGGUACGGGACGCAGGUAG